AGGAGUAGCAAAUGACAAGCUCAGCCAAGCCAAGCUACUGCUUACGGCGUCUUGAAAACUUGAAACUGCUUGAAACACGAGGAACGAGGACGCGGCGAUGCGACCGUGCAGCAAGUGUGGUUUGUCAGGAGCUGUUCUCAAGCGUCCGAAGACAGCGGAUGCACUGUGCAAAGAAUGCUUCUAUGUCGCCUUUGAGACGGAGGUGCACGAGACGAUUGUGCGGGCACACCUCUUUCAACCGGGUGAUUAUGUGGCCAUCGCUGCAUCUGGAGGCAAAGAUUCGACUGUGCUGGCAUACGUGAUGAAGCUGCUCAAUGAACGACACAACUAUGGGCUUCGGCUUGUGCUGUUGUCGAUUGAUGAAGGCAUCACAGGAUACAGAGAUGACUCACUGAAGACUGUCGAGCGCAACCGAGAGCAAUACGGCAUUCCAUUGGAGGUGCUGUCAUACAAGGACCUCUAUGGCUGGAGUAUGGAUGAGAUUGUGGCACAGAUUGGGCGCAGGAACAACUGCACUUUCUGUGGAGUGUUUCGUCGACAGGCGCUUGACCGCGGAGCAGCAAAGCUUGGUGUCAACAAAAUGGUCACAGGGCACAAUGCGGACGACAUCGCAGAAACAGUCCUUAUGAAUGUGCUGAGGGGUGACAUUGCCAGACUGCAACGGUGCACAGCUAUAACUACAGGAUCGGAAGGUGCCAUUCCACGAUCUAAGCCCUUCAAGUACACCUAUGAGAAAGAGAUUGUCAUGUAUGCCCACUUCAAGAAAUUAGACUACUUUUCUACAGAGUGCAUCUACUCCCCAAAUGCCUACAGAGGCCAUGCUCGGGCAUACCUCAAGGACCUCGAAGCUAUCCGGCCUACGUCCAUCCUAGACAUUAUCCAUUCUGGCGAGUGCAUGGCUGUCAAGGAGGGCGUCCGACUUCCCCAAAAAGGAACAUGCAGUCGUUGUGGGUAUAUCUCCAGCCAGCAGUUCUGCAAGGCCUGUGUGCUCCUCGAGGGACUCAACCGAGGUGUGCCCAGAUUGGGGGUGGGUAAAAGCUCUAAGGACAAGGCAAAGUUUGCAGAACUGCAAGCACUCGAUUUGCAAGACUCGGUAUCCCACGUUUCUGGAGCCAUGUCCUCAUCAUCAUCAUUAGGGUGGUGACCCCAAGCGCAAAUGUCACCAUACAUUCUUACUGUGUAAAAAUAUGACUCUAUUGUUGGCCAUUCGUGACUAUUCUGUACCUAUUUCUAUAAGCCGGGCAUUCUCAUAGUUGUUUUAUGAAUUAAAGGGGUACUGACAGGAAUGUUUUUAUUUUUCAUUUUUUCUUUAAGUAAAGGUCGUCGACUUCCAGUAAAAUAUACCGGCAAGCCUCAAAGCGCCCUAUAUAAUUUGUUAUAACACCUUUUCUACUACCAGUUUCGGUUUCAUUUCUUGGGAGGUGUAGGUGUCAUGACAUAGGUGGUGGUCCCGUGGGACCAGGACAUAACAUUUUGGCACUCACUUUGGCUAGCUUGGUCGUCUGUUACGCAGCUACAUCUGGCUCCACAACAAGAAGCAGCAUAGCAGAUGACCGAGCAAGCUGCAGCAAGUGCCAGAAUGUUGCGAUAUUCUGCUCCCAUGUGACCACCUUCUGUGUCAUGACGUCGCAACACAUACACCUCCUGAGAAAUGAAACCGAAACUGGUUGUAGAAAAACUGUUAUAAUAAACUAUAGAGGGCGCUUUGAGGCUUGCCGGCAUAUUUUGUUGAAUUCCGAAGUUGACGACUUUUAUUUAAAGAAAAAAAAAAACAUUAAAGAUGUUCAUUCGGCACCCUUUUAAGCCUGCACUGCAAUGUGUCAUGAUAAUAAUCAUCAUUCUCAUGCACAUUUUCUUUCCUUAAUGCUGCAUGUCAGGUAAUUUCCCAUCUGCAACACCUUGGAUGCCUAAACAUCUCAAGGUCUUCCUAACAGGAAAGUUGUGAACACGCAUCCACGAAAGAAAUGAAACGCUCUAAAGGCUAAUGACUAUUAUUGUUAUGUAACAUAUUACGCUCCUAAGGGUUACAGUUUUAAGUGUGCUGUGUCUUCUGUAAAGAGUAACGUUGGUGCACUGAGGUUUUGGCAUGCUCUAAAGGACUACACAGCUGGUAUUAAUCUGUUCUGAGAGUUGAGGGUAGUUCCAACUUCUUGCAACACUGUAGCAUGCUGUGUGUUUCACAGCAUCAGCAGAGAUUGUAAUUAUUGGUCACUUGUGGCAAGUGCUAUGUUGUACACUCCAGAAAUUAAGGCUGUGAGAAUGCACUGUCCAUAAAUUCAGCCAUUAGUGGCCUCAAGGCAUCUCGCAAGCCAUUUCAAAGAUGCCACUGUGCGCUGAAGUUGGCUGAUUUGUCCUGACUGUGGCUUGUGACUGGCUUGUCCACAAUGUAUGUUGCACAUCAUUUUUGCUACAAUCAGCCACCUAGUGCAAUAGUAGGUGUCUAAAACAUGGCGUGUAUGACACGCUUCCGGCUCCCAAAUUGCUUCUGGCGUAUGCAGCCAGCAUAUGCAUAGCCUUCGAGAUUUGGUUCUGUUAUUCAGAGAAAGCCGUCGCGCGAGCGUGGACUUGGACAUCACCUAUUGUCAUUGGCAAAUUGAUGUCGCAAUGUCUAGUAUAUUCACUGUUAUUGACUACUCAUCGCAAUAGAGGAAAUCAAAAGAAUGGGAUUGAAAGAAGCAAAUUGUUAAGACAUGCAGCCCCAGGGUACUGAUAGAAAACAUUACUAGGAGUACUAAAAAAAGUAUGCGUGACUCCGUGCAUUGCAGAUAAGUACCACAGCAACAAACGUUCACAUGGGGAUAAAGGGCCCAUACAGGAACCAGGUUAAACAUAAUUAUCGCAAACAAUAUCCUCUGUGUGUGUUUAGGUCUUUUAUUUCAAUUAGAGUGUGCCUUCAAAGCAUGACUACGAAAUAGUCCCGAUGUUAUUUUUCAGAGAGCAGUGUGAAGCUGCGCAUGUAUGGAGCAAUUAACAUUGGCAGUGGAAUUGUUUUAUUUAUAUGAUCCAAUUGACCUUCAUAUGUUGACAUUUUUCAAAGGUGACCGUAAACCUACUGAAAAUUAUUUGUGUACGAGCCUUUGCAGCAAUUUGGCCGGUGCCUGCAGGUCACCUCAUAGAAACACUCAGUACCUAGCAUAUUUUUACUUUGUGGUAUAGUUUAAAAUUUCAAAAUUUAUCACCAUAUACCCUCAUUGACGGGCUUCAAAAGCACCUGAGGCCUAGUAUAUUGUGUUCAAAAGUGGAAAAAUCUAUGAAGUGGUUCUGAAAUGCUACUGUUGGCACACUUUUCAAUGUAUAAUUGGAACUGCUAUAUUUUCUAUUUAUUUUUCAUUUUUCCUGAUAAAUUUGUCCUUCAACCUUUGUGUCACUUUGUAGGUUAAAGGCUUUGCAGAUAACAGUUGUAGAUAACUAGCCAACUUGAAGAUUCAGAAGUGCCAGUAAAGACACCACUUGUACAUCUGUUUCUGUCUUACAAACUGUGCAGACAGUAUUAAAGAGCUUUGACCCAUGAAAUAAAUUUCUUUAUAUUUUAA